CAAUAGGCUUUGGUGCGUGUUAUAUCCUUUUAGAACUUGACGAAAAAAAAUUGAUGGCUGCAAAAGAAGCCACUAUCAGCUUUCGUUCCAAAAGAAUCUCUCUCGCUAAUAUUAGGCCAGAAAUCUUUACCGAGAUCCAUAAAUUUCCUUUUCCCAUUCAGAAACUUAUUGCAGAGGAAGCACAUGCCGUCUUAAGAAAACUGAAAGAAGGAAA